GUGCCAUGUAGAGGAUGAGAAAACACUCGUGGUCUAUGGUCGGUUAACACAGUAAUCUUCGUUUCCGAACUGGGAAGCUCAAGAUAUUUAGCAUAGAAAUACUAUUUUUCGGCCACGUAUGUGUUUUGGAGACAUUUAGCCGCAACAGAGUGGAGUAUACGUACGUCCACGGCACACACUUCAAUCGACAAAAUGUAUUCCUCUGCUGGAGCUGCUGAGAUGCUUGAGGGACCCCAUUCCUCUGGGUCAAUAGGCUCUGAUCCCCCGUCUCCCCCAGUGCCAGAGUAUGUGUUCAAGCCCCCAUCACGGCCAGACUUUGGGACCAUGGGCAGGACAAUCAAGCUGCAGGCCAACUUCUUUGAGAUGGAAAUCCCCAAACUGGAAGUGUACCAUUAUGACAUUGACAUCAAGCCUGAGAAAUGCCCCAGGAGAGUCAAUCGUGAAAUUGUGGAGCAUAUGGUCCAGCACUUUAAAACCCAGAUCUUCGGGGAUCGAAAGCCAGUGUAUGAUGGGAGGAAGAAUCUCUACACAGCUAUGCCCUUACCCAUUGGCAGAGAAAAAGUGGAACUUGAGGUGACCAUUCCAGGUGAGGGCAAGGACCGCAGCUUUAAAGUGGCCAUCAAGUGGGUGUCUUGUGUUAGUCUACAGGCUCUUCAUGAGGCACUAUCAGGGCGGCUACCAAACAUCCCCUUUGAGACCAUCCAGGCCCUAGAUGUCGUCAUGAGACAUUUGCCCUCUAUGAGGUACACUCCUGUGGGUCGCUCAUUCUUCACUCCCUCAGAAGGAUGUUCGAACCCCCUUGGUGGGGGCAGAGAGGUGUGGUUUGGUUUCCAUCAGUCAGUCAGACCGUCUCUUUGGAAAAUGAUGCUUAAUAUUGAUGUUUCGGCUACUGCAUUCUACAAAGCUCAGCCUGUAAUAGAAUUCAUGUGCGAAGUCUUGGAUUUCAAAAGCAUUGAAGAACAGCAAAAGCCCUUGACCGACUCCCAGAGAGUAAAGUUUACAAAAGAAAUCAAAGGUCUGAAGGUGGAGAUCACCCACUGUGGGCAGAUGAAGAGGAAGUACAGAGUGUGCAAUGUAACCAGAAGACCAGCCAGCCACCAGACGUUUCCCCUGCAGCAGGAGAAUGGCCAAACUAUUGAAUGCACAGUAGCACAGUACUUCAAAGAUAAGUACAAGCUGAUCCUUAGGUAUCCCCACCUCCCCUGCCUACAGGUGGGACAGGAGCAGAAGCACACCUACCUUCCCCUAGAGGUGUGUAACAUAGUGGCAGGCCAGCGCUGCAUCAAGAAGCUGACAGACAAUCAGACCUCCACUAUGAUCCGUGCCACAGCCAGAUCGGCACCAGACAGACAGGAUGAGAUCAGUAAAUUGAUGAGAAGUGCCAACUUUAACACUGACCCUUACGUUCGGGAGUUUGGUGUGAUGGUGAGGGAUGAGAUGACUGAAGUCAAUGGCCGUGUCCUCCAGGCACCCUCCAUUCUCUACGGAGGCAGGAACAAAGCAAUAGCUACACCAAUCCAGGGUGUAUGGGACAUGAGGAACAAGCAGUUCCACACUGGCAUUGAGAUCAAAGUGUGGGCCAUCGCCUGCUUUGCCCCACAGAGACAGUGCACUGAACUUCUCCUCAAAGCAUUCACAGACCAGCUGAGGAAGAUCUCUCGCGAUGCUGGGAUGCCCAUUCAGGGUCAGCCUUGCUUUUGUAAGUACGCCCAGGGAGCUGACAGUGUUGAGCCCAUGUUCAAGCACCUGAAGUACACCUACCAGGGCCUGCAGCUGGUGGUCGUCAUUCUGCCAGGGAAGACACCUGUUUAUGCUGAGGUGAAGCGUGUUGGCGAUACUGUGCUGGGCAUGGCCACACAGUGUGUGCAGGUUAAGAAUGUUCAGAAGACUACACCCCAGACCCUCUCCAACCUCUGUCUGAAGAUCAACGUCAAGCUGGGUGGCGUCAAUAACAUCCUCCUUCCACAGGGCAGGCCUCUAGUGUUCCAGCAGCCUGUCAUCUUCCUUGGUGCAGAUGUGACUCACCCACCUGCGGGAGAUGGAAAAAAGCCCUCUAUUGCUGCUGUGGUGGGGAGUAUGGAUGCCCAUCCCAGCCGCUACUGUGCCACAGUAAGGGUCCAGCAGCACCGGCAAGACAUCAUCCAGGAUCUAGCUGCCAUGGUUAGGGAGCUGCUCAUCCAGUUCUACAAGUCCACCCGCUUCAAACCCACCCGCAUCAUCUACUAUCGUGACGGCAUCUCCGAAGGCCAGUUCAACCAGGUUCUUCAGCAUGAGUUGCUGGCGAUCCGUGAGGCCUGCAUCAAGCUAGAGAAAGACUACCAGCCCGGGAUCACCUUUGUGGUUGUUCAGAAGAGACAUCACACAAGAUUAUUCUGUAUGGACAGAAAUGAGCGGGUUGGCAAGAGUGGAAACAUACCUGCAGGGACAACAGUGGACACCAAAAUCACUCACCCAUCGGAGUUUGACUUCUACCUUUGCAGUCAUGCUGGUAUACAGGGUACCAGUAGGCCGUCACACUACCAUGUGCUCUGGGAUGACAACCACUUCACUUCAGAUGAGCUGCAGGUGCUCACCUAUCAGCUGUGUCACACCUAUGUACGCUGCACCCGAUCAGUUUCUAUCCCAGCACCAGCCUACUAUGCUCACCUGGUGGCAUUUCGUGCCCGUUAUCACUUGGUGGACAAGGAGCAUGACAGUGCUGAGGGCAGUCAUACAUCAGGACAGAGUAAUGGUCGUGAUCAGCAGGCCUUGGCUAAGGCUGUUCAGAUCCACCAAGACACACUGCGGACCAUGUAUUUCGCCUGAAUACGAACAGGCCCAAGCAUAGGAUGGAUGAGAGCCCACUGAGAUGAAGUCCACUCUAGCCCACCACCUCAC